UGGAGCCUUCCUCAGAAAGCUGCUGGAACUACUUUGUCAGGAUAAACAAACAAUUGGGAAAGAAAUUAAGAAACUGCUCACCUGGCACCUUCACAGGCCACACAAGGGAACAUAAAGGGGCUGUUUGCUGGCAUGAAGCUGAAGAAGAAGAAAAAAGGCGAGAAAGGGCUGACUAUCGCAAACAAAGACGCAUUGGGUGAUCAUGAUGAGAUUGCAAGUUUUCUCCAUGCCACUCUUGGAAGACAGGAAGAAGCAGAGGAAGACCUAGUGAGCAGUGAUGCUCUGUCUAGUGCUUUUGGAUCCUUAAGCCCAAAUAGGAAAAGGGCAAAACUGGCGACCAGAAUUCAUGAAGAGGAGCUGAAAUCCCAGAACUACCAGAUUGCCAUCACCAUCAUCGAGGCCAGGCAGCUGGUGGGCGAGAACAUCGACCCGGUGGUGAUCAUCGAGAUAGGUGAUGAGAAGAAGCAAACAACAGUAAAGGAAGGCACAAAUGCCCCUUUCUACAAUGAAUACUUCGUGUUCGAUUUCGUUGGACCGCAGGUGUUGCUGUUUGACAAAAUAAUCAACAUCUCUGUAAGUACCCAGGAAAGCUUAAGACAGUAA